AUGACUUCUCCUACUAAAGAAGGAAGUGAUCCAGCUGACAGUAUUCUCGAAAAUUCUGAAAAUGAGACUCCAAAUGACUGUAAUAGAGACAUAGAGCCUCUAUCUGCAGAUCCCAAUAUUAUCUCUCAGGUGGAAAACAACCCAAUAAAUAGGGAGCCAGACACAACCACCUCCCAGGAGGAUAUUGUUCCUCAAGCAGCAGAAAACAGUGAGCUUGAAGCAGACAAGAUUCAAAAAGACACUGAAAAGGAAGAUAUAAAAGAAGAAGAGUCUUUUCUAAUUCAGAUCCCCAUUCCUAGAAAAUGGGUCUUCCUUAUUCCCUUAACUGACAGAUCAAGAUUCUACUCAGGGAAAGUGGAGAUGAAAACAAGCUGUCUCCCUCAUAGCACCAUAAAUUACAAAAUUCCUCUCAAACUUUCAAUUCCGUGGAGAAUCCCAUUUAUUAGCAAUCAUGAGAUAAGAAGAAUGAUUCUCCGUCUGCUCUGUGGGAGACAGUUCUCUCGGUCUACAGGCCGUCCAAAUACCAAGUGGGUAAAGCAAAAAUAUAUAGCAUUUCUUCCUCACCCAAAUGUCCUCAUCCAUGAUGAGAGAGCAAUAAUAUUCAGAAGGCCUUUGAGGGUGUACUACUACCGUCCCCUAAUUGAGAGAAUGACAUCAGGAAAAUUUUGCGGAUCAAUUGACGCUAAAGGGAAGGAUGGAUUUUAUGUUUUUGUUAUGCCCGUGUUCUAUAUCCAACAGACCCGAAUUCAAAACACAUUUAAUGGAGAAGCUUUUGAGCAUCAGUUGAUAUCUCGCCAUGACAUGAGGGUUGUGAUCAUAAACACCAGUAAUGGUUGGAAAUACCUAUGCCCCAUAUGUGGGUGUAGUUUCAACAAUUUCGUUGAAUUUGGGCAGCAUUCAUGCAGCUUUCCUGGGAAUUAA